UGACAUAUUUGGGUUUAGAACCGAGGCUGCUCAUUUACAUAUUGCAUUACGCAUCGAAUCCUUGGUUGUCACCAAAAUUCUGAAGGGAAUUGCAUUGUAAACAUUCCUGAUGAGAAUGAACUGCCCCAAAGGUGUGGAGGUGGUCAGUGAUGUCCACCCGGACCAUGCUCACAUCCUAUCAUAUCAAGCACUGGAAUUCCUGGCUGACCUGCAUAGGAGGUUUAACUACACACGAAAACAACUUCUGAAAAAACGCAUGCAAAUCCAGAGUGAGAUCAAUGCUGGGAAGAAGAUAACCUAUCCAGUGAGCAACCAUUCCAAAGACUGGAAAGUGUCGGCAGUACCACAUGAUCUUCAGAUGCGGCAUGUUGAGAUUACUGGGCCUACAGACUGUAAGAUGGUCAUUAAUGCCAUGAAUAGUGGCGCCGAUAUGUAUAUGGCAGAUUUUGAAGAUUCCUUAUCUCCCACAUGGAAGAAUAUUGUGGAAGGCCAAGUGAACCUCCUGGAGGCCAAUAAGAAAACCAUUCAGUUUGUUAACCCAGAUGGCUCAGUGCGCGAGCUAAAAGACAAGACUGCCUGCUUGCUGGUUCGUACUCGUGGGUGGCACCUAGAUGAACGGCACAUCAUCUGCGAUAAUGAACCAAUGGCAGGGGCCCUUGUGGACUUUGGCCUUUACUUUUUCCACAACCUGCAUGUCCGCCUUGCAGCAAACUCAGCUCCUUACUUCUACCUGCCGAAAAUGGAGACCCACCUUGAGACAAGGCUGUGGAAUGAUGUGUUCAGGGCUGCUCAAGACUACAUGGGGGUGCCACAAGGCACCAUCAGAGCCACAGUAAUGAUCGAGACACUUCUCGCUGCUGUGAACAUGGAGGAGAUGCUGUAUGAGAUACGUGACCACUGCUGCGGUCUGAACGCUGGACGAUGGGACUACAUAUUCAGUGCUAUAAAGAGGCUUCAGAGGAAACAAGACGCCAUCUUCCCUGACAGGAAGCAGGUCACCAUGACUGUGCCAUUCAUGAGAGCCUACACAGAGCGCCUUGUCCAUGUUUGUCACCAGCAUGGUGCGCAUGCAAUGGGAGGAAUGUCAGCUUUCAUCCCCAGUAGGCGUAACCAAAAAGUAAACAAGGUAGCCAUGGAGAAGAUCCGUCAAGACAAAGAGCGUGAGGUGGCCGACGGCUUUGAUGGAACCUGGGUGGCCCACCCUGACCUGGUUCCGGUUGCCAAGGAGAUAUUCAUGAAGGGCAUGAAUGGAGCAUGUAACCAGAAACACCGAUUGCGUGAAGAUGUCAAUGUCCAGGUUGAAGAACUGGUCACCAUACAAGUUCCUGGUGGCAAGAUAACAGAGGAGGGAGUGCGUGUCAACAUAUCUGUUGCUCUCCAAUACCUCAACAGCUGGAUGAUGGGUAUAGGUGCAGUGGCAAUUAACAACUUGAUGGAAGAUGCGGCAACGUCAGAGAUAUCCCGUGCCCAGCUGUGGCAGUGGCGAAGGCAUGGUUGUCACCUUGACGAUGGCAGGCAGUUUACUACAGAGUUAUUUAACACACUACAUGAGGAAGAGCUAGCCAAGCUUGGGGGGCCAUCAAAGGGCAAACUAGGUCAGGCAUCACAUCUUCUGAAGCAGAUGGUAGUGUCCGAUGUCAUGGAGGAGUUCUUGACCAUCCCAGCAUAUGAAGUCUUAUGUAACCCAUCUCCAAAGCUUUGAAUGAGACACAAGGUUGCACAGUGUAGUGUAAAAUAUGGAAUCAACUCUCUUUUGGUUGCACGCUAAAGAUUGCAGUAUAAGAAAUGCAGUAAGCAGUAUAAAGAGGGUGAAUAAGUGUGGGGGUGCAAACAAAAGAAAUCAGAUUUACAUCUCCUUUACAACAACUUUGAUUUGUUGCGAUUUAUUGUACUAAAACACAUCUACAUGUUAGCAACAAUAAGCUAAUAAAUUUCUUUCAUUUUCU